AUGUGCAGUUUUUCAAUGCGACGGCCUUACAACGAGGAAACCGAGGGUGAAUCUACGGAAUACGAAAUCACCAGAAAGCAACGAGAAAGUUUUACCGAGAGUUUAACGUCCGCGCGUAAUAUCGCGUGGUCGCCGCGUACUGGGUUCUUGCCAUUCUUAUUGCUGGUGAUCUGCACAACUAGCGCGGCUUCUUCCAUCAGAAAUGGCUGGGCAGGACCUGAUAAUGUUCGGCACGUUCGUAGAGUUAGCUUGAACGAAUAUCUCGUUCCACCGCCACCGCCAAUGAUUAACUCAGUGAUCAGAACUGGAAGAUUGGCGAACCAUCGACCGACCGAAGCGCCAGGAUAUUUUUCGCAGCUAAUGAGUUGGCUGAAUCCUUUUAGUUUCGGUUCAUCACCGUCGCCGCCACCCUUGCAGCCCGAGGUUCCUUAUCCCCCAUCAUCACAGUUUAUGCAACCUCCUACUUCACCCAAUCCACCAUUCGCCACAAUCAAUGAACCGUCACCUCCGGUCUACGACAAACCACCUCUUCCCUCAGCCUCCUUUAACAAUCCAACAUAUGUUUUCCCUCCUAAAGGCAAGAGCUGCAAUCCUUGCAACAAGAUACCGUGGAUGCCGAUACAUCACGCUCUUCCUCAUUUAAGAGACGCCUCAUUUACAUCACCGCCUCAAUCUUCAUCGUUAAACGACAAUUACCUGCCGCCUGCUAAUCACGAAGUCCCUCAUGAUGUUCAUCAAGCCGCUACGCAGGAAGUCCAGGCUCCGGAUUUCUCUUUUGUGCCGCCAUUAUCAGCUAAUGGACAGGAUGAAUCCUUGAUUAGUCAAAUACCAAAUCUGCAUUUGUAUCCUGGAGCGAUGCCGCCGCUCUUCGAAGCGGAAAAUUUUAAUUAUCCUGUGAAAACUGUCCCUGACGAGAACUCGGAAUAUCGUGGCCCACCACCACCACCGUCAGAGGAUAGUCCACUUGCGGGGAAUGAUUCUUUUCUUCAUGUAGAGCCCAGUCCCAGCAAUGGAUACGAACAAUCCGUUCAUCCAUCGAGUCAGUCGAAUUUAGGAGCAGUCCAUCAGGAAUUAAAAUAUACCAGUCCUGAUGCAAACUAUGGAGAGUUGAAAAAUUUCGGUGUUCAAGAUCAUGGCGCGCAUAACGAUUUAUCUUCCAGCAGCACCCAGGUGUCUCAUGGUCACACUGUACCGAAUCACCAUGGAUUCGACGCCACCGCGAUUCGUCAGGAAUCACUUGACACCAUAAGCCAUCAAGCACCUUUCGGCGACUCAACUGUCGCUGGUCAACCUUCGUUUAACGGCGAAGAAAUUUACGGUGUAACAGGAUCAAGUGAACCGUUGGGUAAUCUCCCCAGCAAUUCGAGUCAAAUUGAUCAGAAUCCUCCCAGUUAUGGAAUUUCUAGUCUCGAUCAAGUGCCGAGUAACUUCGAGCGCGGGCACGACCAUUUGUUCCCCAGCAGCAACGUCAUCAAGAACUCUCACGCACCUCUGCGUACUUCAGACGGAUCUUCCGUGAAGAUCGAAGAUCCAGUACAUUACGAGGAGUCACUGUUGCUAGAUUUCACAUACGGGGGUGAAAGUCGGACGGGCUCGUCCUCGAUACCGCCGACCUCUAACGCGAUCGCAGAUUUUGAGAGUGCCGAGACCGCCGGGACGACCUUGGCGCCUAGAGACGGGCUUUACGGAACGCGACAAGAAGUUGCUUCGACAGAAUCUUACUCGUCUACGAAUAACAUUCAGAUAAUUAAUUCCUUAACGUCGAAGAUUAAUGACAGCGUAACACAGAAUUUCAAUGGAAAUCUUGAUUCUAAGGUUUCCCAUGGAAAGGAUGUUUCUUACAUCUCGCCAUCUGACCAAGCGGAACAUUUGUGGCCAAGUAACUUGUCAACGACUUUGAAGAAUACAGGAAGAGAAUCGUUUUGGAACACUGCGGUAAACUCCCACGAUGAUACAGCAAAGGAAACGUUAAAAAUUAUUAUUACUAAUUUGGAAAACGCAAACAAGACAUCUACGAGACAGCAAAGCGUAAAGAGAAAUAAACAGGUGCAGGUCAUAAUUCCUUAUACAUCGCAGUACACACCACUUCCGUUCCAACGAUAUAACGAUCGAAAGAUUACUUAUACAGACGAAGCCAAUCACGAUAAUUAUGUCGGUGAAGAAUCAAGAAACAGGAUUAGAGUGACUAGUCGUCCGAACGUCUCUCAUAAUACGCAAACUUGGCCGACUACUUCGACAGUACUAGAGAAUGUCACUAAGCAACCAAUCUAUAUUAGUACUAAAGUGAAUAACUCCAUAGAUGUGCAUAGAUUGCAAAAGAAUAUCGAUAAUUGGACAAUACAGAAAUAUUCGAAAGGUACAACUGCUAGUACAGUAUCGCCUAGUUCCGCAAAUCCGUAUCUGUUUCCUUCAAAGCAGAUUCCUGACGAAUACUUGACCACUACUGAACCCAUUAAUCAUGUGGUCAGCUCCCAUGAGAGUAACGUUAAAACAUAUACUCUGGCUGGAUUCAGCUUUAAUGAUCAGGAAUACAAGAGUUCGGCUAGCAAUCACAAAGAAUCACGAGUACAGGUAGUAGAAAAUUCCAAAUCGACUGAAAGUUCUAUCGAUGCUUCAAUCGCAUCCACUAAGGACGACAGUUGGCAAGGCUUCUCCAUGGAUAUUUCUCCAUCGAACAAAGAACGAGUCUAUGUGGUAACGCCGCAACCUAUUGUAACCAGCACCAAAUCAAGCCAAGUUGAGCAGCAGAAGGAGAAAACGGUGAAAGAAAUAGACAGAAAUACAAAAGAAUUAAGAAGAACUUCUGACGCUAAGAAGACAAAAAACAGACUUGAUAUUUUGGAGUCGAUCGAGAAAGCCUAUCAAGUGCUGCCACAGGCUGUGAACAAUUUGGCUGUGGCUUCCACGGGUCCAGAAAGCGUUCCCUUAUGGGGCAUCAUGGAGCAUGAGGAGUUUGCGUCGCUUGACAACAGCGAACAGGAUAACGAGAAUAAUGAAUCUCCGGAUAUUCCUGUGCUCUAUACCGGGCAUUCAAGGGUAUCACAUGCCAGAAGAUGA